AGCCAAACAAAAAAAAGGAAAAAAAAAAAAAAAUCCAUCCCCACAUAACAUGUCAAUCAGGAUUAAUGCCAUUAUAAACCUCCCCUCAAGGUUCAUCCAGGUCCGCUCGCCAGUGGAAGCGCACACAGUCCGGGGAAGAAGAGGCGGCGAUACAGCCAGGCAAGAGGCAAGAGGCAAGGCAGGAACUACCAGGAGUGAGGCAGCAGGAGAGAGGCAGCAGGAGAGAGGAACCAGGAGAGAGGCACCCAGCAGCAGGAGGCUCGGCAGCAGGUCAGGAGGAGGCUCGGCUCCUCGCCUGGACUCUCACGUCUCCGCUGCGUAAAAUGCGCGACUCCUCGGCGCGUCUCCACUAAAAGAUGACGCGAGUCUCCAACGCGGUCCUUUGCAGCUCUGCCUUUUUCAUUGGCUCGCUCGUGGAUUACUCCUGAGAGGAAAAAACUUCCCCGUGUGUGUGUGGAUGACAUUGUUUCGCGUGAACUUGCAGCGUCAACCCGGUACCGUCCGCCCUGCGCCCUGCGAGGAUCCCCCGAUGGAGCUGCGGAGCGCGCGGCGCAUGCUGCUGUUCCCGCUGCAGAUCCUGCUCAGCCUGGUCCGGGCCGGCCUGCGCGCGCUGCUGCCCGGCAGCAGGAAGGACCUGUCCCGGGAGGUGGUGUUGAUCACCGGGGGAGGCCGGGGCAUCGGCCGACACCUGGCCAAGGAGUUUGCCAAACAGGGAGCCAGAAAGGUGAUCUUGUGGGGGAGGACUGAAAAGUGCCUGAAAGAGACAGCUGAAGAAAUCUCCCUCUCUGGAACGGAGUGCCUUUACUUUGUGUGUGAUGUGGCCAAUCGAGAAGAAGUUUACAAGCAAGCCAAGGUGGUGAGAGAAAAGGUGGGAGAUGUUACAAUAUUAGUGAACAACGCAGCAGUGGUUCACGGCAAAAGUCUGAUGGACAGCGAUGACGACGCCCUCCUGAAAUCCCAACAUAUCAACACAUUGGGACAGUUCUGGACGACAAAAGCGUUCCUGCCACGCAUGCUGGAGCUGCAGCACGGCCACGUAGUAUGCAUCAACUCCAUCCUGUCGCAGUCUCCGAUCCCGGGGACCAUAGACUACUGCACCUCCAAGGCCUCGUCGCUGGCUUUCAUGGAGAGCCUGACUCUCGGCCUGCUGGACUGCCCCGGCGUCAGCUGCACCACCGUGCUUCCUUUCCACACCAACACAGAGAUGUUCCAGGGGAUGAGAGUCAGGUUUCCCCAGCUCUUUCCACCUCUCAGACCUGAAGUAGUUGCCCAGAAGACUGUGGAUGCAGUCAGAACUGACAAGGCGUUCCUCUACUUGCCCUGGACAAUGCACGCCCUUGUCAUUCUUAAAAGCUUCAUGCCACAAGUUGCACUUGAAGAAAUCUACAAGUUUUCUGGGAGUUAUACCUGCAUGAACACUUUCAAAGGGAGGACAUGAGCCUGGACUGCACACGGUGGGAGAGAGCUCUGCGGUGUACUGAAGGGAAUAUGGACCUUAAAGGAAUGUGAAAAUCGAGGAGCCCCCGUGACGUUGUGAAGACAAACAUUUUAGGGGGCAGGAGGGUGUUUCUUCUGCAGGUAGAGUUAAGUGAAAAACUGCGCAAACACCCCGUGACCCAUGUUCAUGUGCAAGCACAUGUAUGUGUAUAGUAUAGAUAACUGAAUGCAACUCUCACUUUGAACAGAAGCCAUGCUUAGAUCUGUACCAGUAGUUAAUCUGGAAAAGGGUUUUGUGACACUUGUUUACCAUUUUUACAGAUUUUUUGUUGUUUAUUUUUAAUUUUCUCUUUUUUUUUUAAUAUGUCUUAAUCCAAGCAAAAUAAUAAAAGAGAAUUUUAGAACCA